AUGGAUAAAAUCCACGAAAAAAUCAGCAAGGAUGAUACAAGAAUAGCGAGAACUCCGCUGGACACAAGUAUCCAUUUAUCCAAGAAUUGUGGAGAGGGUGUAUCCCAAAUCGAAUACGCUCGGAUAAUUGGAAGCUUAAUGUACCUGAUGAGCUGCACUAGACUCGACAUAACUUAUGUUAUAAGCAAGUUGAGAACGUUUACAAGUAAUCCUAGUCGCGAGCAUUGGAAAGCCAUAGUUCGUGUACUUAGGUACUUACGAUUCACUCGAGAUUACGGGCUGCACUACAACAGACUUCCAGUUGUAGUAGAAGGCUACUCAGAUGCAAACUGGAUAUCUGAUACUCUAAAUUCGAGAUCAACUAGUGGAUAUGUGUUUACACUAGCGGGUGCAACAAUCUCUUGGAAAUCCUCAAAACAAACAAUUAUUGCCAAAUCCACAAUGGAAUCUGAGUUCAUUGCAUUGGAUAAAGCUGGAGAAGAGGCGGAAUGGAAUCGCCACUUUCUUGAGGACAUUCCAGAGUGA